ACAUCAACCAUCGUUAAUCAAAAGUUUCCUAGUGUGAACCAGGUCUUAACUAACAACUUAAAACAAAAUUCAAAUUUUCACAAAAAAGUUAUGUUUUUCUUAAAUAAUUUAUAAAUAUAAACAAAAUGUUAUGCAAAGCAUGUAAUCGCGUAGCGCAACCUUCAGAAAUAGAAGAUUGUUUUGAAAAAGCUAUAGAUAUAUUAAAACACCACUAUACUUUUUAUAAAAAUGCUCUAAAACAACGUGACUUGGAAUUGCAACAAAUCAAGGAACGCAAUGAGAAACUUAACAAAGCAUUACAACUCUUACAAACAAAUCAACAACAGCAACCUGCCAAACGUUAUAAAUCUCAACAUGGUGAUGAUUCUUGGUUGGCUAAUAAUAAUUCUUUACAAGAAGACCGUGUUACCUCCGAUCUUAGUCUAACUGAUGAUGAACCUAUAGGUGCUUCCAAUUUAAAUAUGGCUCUCAAUAGUGAACAACUAUUUGAGACAUCUGCUUUAAGUCAAUCAAAAAGUGAUGUUAGCUUACCAAACUCAUUGGAAGUGUUGACAAGUCCUCGUGUAAAAGAGUCACCCAAAAGAAAUCAUCAACGAGACAUAAUGCGUUGUUUUAAAGAUCGUAAUAAGCCUGUGGAGAGAUCAAAAUCAGAGUGGAAUACCAAAGAACGUAAUAGUCCAGCGGAAAAAUCAUGGACCAUGAAAUUUUUACAACCGGAAAAAGUUAAAUCGACUGAGGGCAAAAAUAAUGUGGAGGCAAAAAAAUUGGCAGUCGAUAAGAGAUUAUGUUUGUCAUUGAGAAAACCAAAUCCAAGUAAAGUGAAACAAUCGCUGUUAAAUUUUGAUAAAUCUAAAGAUGGAAGCUUUCGGGAGGAUAAUACACAGCGUUUGUCAUUAAAGAAACCUAGUUUUAGGAAAACUCUACUAUUACAAAAGUUUCUUGAUGAUUUACCAUGUAAAAUUUUUAAUAAGUCCGAUGUGGGAGAUGACAUAAUCGAUGCCAGCCCAGUAAUAGUAAAUAAAAAUUCAAAAGCUGGACGUUCUUGGUCACAUAGAAGCGGCCACAAUCACAGCAACAACAACAACAGCACAACAACAAACCCCCUAUCAAACGUAGCAACAAACAAAAACAACAAAGAUUAUAAACACGAUACCAAUAAAACCCUAGAUGGUAUAGUCUUUGACUUUUCACCUUCGAAAAAAACUGAUGCAACUUUAGAGCUUAAUUCCACUAAAGAUUUACAACCUAAACAAUUGAAAUUUGAUAAUGAAAUCUCUACAGAUUGUACUGCCUUACCUAAUGAUCCAAUGAGCAUUUCAACAAUUAAAAGUGAUACAUCAAGUGUAGUGAUACUAACGCCUGCUACACAGGAUAUAAUAUUUGUAGAUGAUUGUAGUGAUUUUGAACAUGAAAUUGAUACUAUGGACUUAUUGGCUAGCACCGAUAAUUUGGAGAAACUUAAGAAAUAUGAAAGUAAAUACAUACAAAAGCAACAAACUAAGGACGUAGAAGCGUUUAAAAAGCCACAAUGCAACAAGAAAAUACAAUCGUUAAAUAAAAUUAAACAAGAAAAAAUUACACAAGAAUUAAAGACUGAUAUAAUUUCAAAAAGACAAGAAGAUAAACCAAGUUGUAGUACAAGCAUAAAACCACAAAAUCCUUUAUUAGAUGAAUUAGAUACAGAAGAUGAAGAAGACUUUAUGCCUAAACCUUUUAUAAUAAAACAAGAAAGGGAUGUUCCGUCAACAACAAAUAAAUUAACCAUAAAACAACGUUUUAACAUAGACUGUGAUGAAUGCGAGAAAUUAAUCAACUUUUUGGAUAAAGGUUUAAGUGAUGAACAAAUUCAACAGCAUUUAGAAAAGUCACAUCAACGUCACUUAAACGAUAUGAUGCGUCAAAAUACCCCCAAAGAUUUUUGGAAUCCAUUUAUAUUAUCCUUUCAGGCGGAUGAUCCUAGGAAUGAGGUGUUAAUCGAUAAUCGUUUCAAGGAUAAGAAGUAAUCAAACCACCAACAACCAGCCGACCAACAUUCAUUGAAAAAAGUUAUUUGAGUCGUGUGUCAGCAGUAGAAGAAAGAAAAAGAAUCAAUUAUUCAUACCACUUCUGACGAAAAACCAAAUUUUAAACAAAUAUUUAUUUAUUUGAAGCAAAUGUUCUCAAGGAGUUGUUUUGAUACAAGUUUAAAAUUUGUUGUUUUUCAUAUCGUUAAUGAACAACAUGUGCUGCCGGUUUAAAUUUUUGGGAGCUCAUGAAUAUUUAUGUCGAAAACAACAACGUGCUUUUGAGGUGAGUUUUUUAUU